CUUUCAAGCCCGUCACCGCGUUGUAGGGGUGGGAGGUCACCGCACCGCGGAGCCGUUUACACCCGCCAGUGUGGCCACUCCAACUCGUCCCACGCCACCCUCCUCGUCUUCGCCUUCGGAUGAUCCGAUCGCCGCUAGGCCAAAAUCCUAGGUAGGGUUCUUCGCCGAGAUAUUGCCGCCAUCCAUUCCUUUCUCUCCCGCGAGACGAUUCAACACAAGUGAUUUUGCCGAAAAUUUUUCCGUGUUAUUGGUGGGAUUGAAUCGGAAUGGAUGAGGUUGCUGGCGAGGGGGGAAUUUUGAUAUCUUUGCAGAAUUCAGGUGGCGGUGGUGAUGCUGGAAUUAGGUAUAAGAAAAAAUCUGUGGCGCCCUGGAGAUUCCAAGAAGGUUAUCGCCGUUCCUCCUCCAUUGUUCUCAACUUGAACAAAGAGGAAUCAAGCAAAACUGUAGAGGAAAAGGAGGAAGCUUCUCGAAACGUGGAGCCGUGCAGAUCUUUGGAGGAGAAGGAGAAAGAGAAGGAGAAGGAGAAGGUUUUUGGAGGAAAGGAGGAUCUGAAUCUGAAGAGCAAUGGUGAUGCUCAAAUCAAGGCUAACCCGCGGAAGCGUUUGGCCCCAUGGAGAUUUCAGAUUGGUUGUGUUCGAUCCUCUUCCAAAACUCUAGAAUGGAGAAAGAACAAAUCAUUGGAAGUGUCUUUCUGUUUUGGCCGGGACGGAUUGGUUGGAUCUGUGAGAAGCAUGAAUCUUGGGGCUCCGGAUUCUUCAGAGGAGCCUCUUAAAUCAGCGGAGGUGGUGAGUGAUUCGACCAAGAAAGAAUCUGCGCCAAGGAGAUACCCUUCUCGCAUAAGAAAAUCUGCAGACCGGUAUACUGUUACUAGUUUUAGGAAAAAGACCACAAAUUCUAGCAAGAAGAAAACCCAUAAAACUGAGGUUGACCAUGAUGGAAACUCCCAUGUUUAUCAACCAGCAUGGGAACCAAACAUGGGAAGCAGUGGCCUCUUGGAAAAUGCUGCUGCUCGAUACAAGGUCAAGGAGACCUUACAUGAGUUUCGUACCAUAUUGAGAAAGGUGUUUGAGGAAGUGGAAUCAAAGUCGAAGGAAGCUGAGCAGGGCAUGCGUCUUGAUCAUACUGCUUUUAAGCUCUUCAGUGAGAAAUAUGGGCUGGGUGAUGAUAGAAAGUAUGUGGGAAGCGUGCCAGGAGUUGAAGUUGGUGAUGAGUUUCAUCUAAGGGUGGAGCUCCAUAUUGUUGGCCUUCACCAUCAGCACCUGGCUGGUAUCGAUUUUGUUAACCAAAGUGAAAAAGAUGUAGCUAUUAGUAUUGUGUCCUCUGGACGUUAUUCUGAUGUCAAGGGAAAAUCUGAUAUCUUGAUAUAUCCUGGCUCUGGAAUGCCUAACAAAGACCAGAAACUUGACCAUAGAAAUCUAGCUCUGAAAAACAGCAUGGAAACUAAAACACCCAUACGAGUUAUUUAUGGUUUUACUUACUAUCAAUCAAAUAAUUCCCAAGAAGCUAGGGCCAAGCAAAAGAAGGUACCAGUGUAUAUUUAUGACGGGCUGUAUUUGGUUGAGAACUAUUGGAGGACGAAAGCAAAAGGUGAUCACUAUGUUUAUAUGUUUCAGUUGAGAAGAAUGGCAGGGCAACCCAAACUUGAUGUUGCUGAAGUUAUGAAGUCAAAAAGGUCAGAAGCAUGUUUUAAUCUCUAUCUAGGAGAUGUUUCUCAAGGAAAAGAGAAACUACCCAUCUCUGCAGUCAAUGUUGUUGACAACGAGUAUCCAAUGCCAUUCAAAUACAUAACAAAGUUGAUAUAUCCUUUUCAACAUCAGCCAACCCCUCCAAGUGGUUGCGAUUGCAUCGAUGGAUGCUCUGAUUCUGACAAGUGUGCCUGUGCUGUUAAAAAUGGAGGGGAGAUUCCAUUCAAUCACAGAGGUGCUAUUGUACAAGCAAAACCUCUUGUCUACGAGUGUGGCCCUUCUUGCAAAUGCCCUCCAUCCUGUCAUAACCGGGUAAGCCAGCAUGGUAUCAAGUUUCAGCUGCAGAUUUUCAAAACUGAAUCAAGGGGUUGGGGAGUGAGGUCCCUGAAGAAAAUUACAUCUGGCGGUUUUGUCUGCGAGUAUGUAGGAGAGGUAUUGGAGGAUGAGGAGGCUCAGAAAAGGAGAAAUGAUGAAUAUCUUUUUGCUAUUGGAAACAACUAUUAUGAUGAAUCCCUCUGGGAAGGCCUCUCAACUUCUAUACCUGCUCUACAAAGGGGUGCUUCCUGCAAAACCGAUGAGGUGGGAUUCACUAUUGAUGCUUCUGCAUUUGGCAAUGUUGGAAGGUUCAUUAAUCACAGUUGUACGCCAAAUCUUUAUGCACAGAAUCUCCUUUAUGAUCAUGACGACAAGAGUAUGCCUCACGUAAUGUUUUUCGCUUCCGAGGAUAUUCAGCCAUUGCAAGAACUAACAUAUGAUUACAACUAUACCAUAGAUGAGGUUCAUGAUUCUGAUGGUAAUGUGAAAAGGAAAAAUUGCUACUGCAGCUCUAUUGAGUGCACUGGCAGAAGAUGGUACCUCUAUGAAAAAAUUUCAUUUAUCUGGUAUGGCCAAUGGUGAUGUUGGCAGAACCUUAGGAAUGUUCUUCCUUGCAAAGAUCUUUCCAAUGUGACAAUUUGUACUUUUUCGACCAAAUACAGAAGUAAAUUUCCAUCAUCCAUAUCAUAUUUGUUUUGUAUAUCCAAUGUAGCAAGUGGUACUUGACAACUGCAUUUUUUGUAGAUCUAAAUGGACGAGGUUGGUAGGAGUAAACAACGGAUCAGUGAGUACUGCUUUUGCUGCAAAAUUAGUCUUUAACAAUUCUUUUCUUUUCUAUUUCUUCUUUGCAAUCUUUAAUUAUAUGUCAGUCAUUUACAAAAAGAAUUAUUGUAUAAAAAAAAGUUCUUUUGUUAUCAUCUAGUAGACUCUACAAGGAUCCAUAGGUUCUCACCUCUUUGUUUUCAGUAUAGAGGAAUAGCUUAGCAAAAUGACUUUGGAUUUUCUGGAUAUAAAUUGGGAUCCUAAAAGGUUCAAGUCUAAACCUUAAAGGCAUUAGAGAAUCCAACCAAAUAAUUAUUAGUUUCCUGUUUGGAUGUGGGUCCUUUACAAGAUCAGCAGCCAAAACUUACCAACUACUGAAGCUUUCAAAAUGAAUUGCUGAAGUUAAUGGAUGAACUAAAAUAAUGUUUGGAUAAAACUAUUGAAGAAAUUCUCAGCUGUGCAUAUAUUGUGGCAUGUAACCAUUCAUAUGUUUGCACAAAUCCAGUGACUGUCCAAAUCCGCAGCGUAUCUGUUUUGGACUCUGAAUAUGGAUUCCAUGUUGGGAUAUAAACAUGAAUAUUUGGGUUCACGUUGCAAUAACUGAUUGGGUUGUUCACCUUCUUUGACACCCUUCAACUUUUCUUAGGGUAAUCAAUUCGGCAUCUGUAAUGCAGCAGUUGAUGCUACUUCUUUAUUGUAUAAACACUAAAACCAAGACUGGUAUGAUCUAAUUAAACUAUGCAAUUUUCAUGAUUCUUAGACAGAAAGUGAAGGGGGCUGAUCUGGGCAAGUUUCUAUGUUUGAGCAUCAAGGAGCAUCCUCAUUGCAUAAAUAUUGGAUUUGCAUCUAAAAGAUAGAAGAAGAGAAAGAAUGGCAUUCACUUUAUUCAUGGUUUUUAUUAGAAUUAAUAACAAAUUUAUGAGCAUGAUUGCCCUUAAAUAUAAAACUACCAUAACAAUCCCAAACCAACUUUAUGGGGGAACCUAGCUAUCAGUCUAUACUACUAUCACCAAUUUUCUUAGUGCCACGUUGAGGGUGGUAGCAUUGUCACACCUCCAUAAGAGAGAGAAUACUCUUAAAAGUGCACUCCACAAGAAAAGUAUUUAACAUAUCAAAAGAGAGGAAUGCGUAUGACUAUUAGUGCCUAUACCUCCUCAUAAUUGUAGAAUUCAUGGUAUGUCAUAGAUUCUUUCGACAAUUCAAAGACAUUAAAAACUUACCAAAAGCUAUUGGCUAAAGUUGAUUUCUUAUUGACUGGAUAUAUCAAGUAUCUCCAAACCUCAACCAUUGUAGAUUAACAAAGGGAGAAUCUUUGAUACGAUCUUGAUUGGAUUGUGAUCAGACCCUUAUCUCUUUUUAUGCUUUCUUUGGACUUUCCUUUCUAACUCUCAGGUUUCUUGCUGUAACGAUUGUGAUGUCUUUAUCGUUUGAAAGGAUGAAUGAACGAAAGUCUUCUAAGUGGCACAAAGUUAUUUAUUCCUUAUUUGAGUGAGUGCAAAGGACUUGUACCGACUGUCAGGGCAAAGAUAAAAAUUUCGUGUUUGGGUUGGUGGGUGGGAAGUUUUAUAUAUUUGCUGUGCUUAGUUUUUUUUCCUUCAAUUAAUGAGGAUUAUAAAAAAUUGAAUUAAAAGAUUUGCUCAUUCGAGUUUAUUUUUAUUAAGCUAGAAGAGUAAAGGGCAUAGUUUAGGUCAGAUAUUCUAUAUUCUAAUUUAAAGCAUAGAUACACAUAGAAAUAAGGAGAUGGAAUUUGAAAUAUUAGAUUAAAAAACUUGAUUAAGGAAGUUCUCACCUUCCUUGUCGCUGUAUUCAAGUCUAUAAGCUGGUGAGAGUGAGUUGAUGAGAGGGAGAGAAUGAGGAUUGAGCUGUUGAGGGCAGCAAACCACCCUAAGCUUUGUUGGAUUAAGUCCAGUUAAGCUUUGGUGGAUUAAGUCUAGCUAAGCAAGAUAUGACCAUUUGCAUUUGAUAUACAAUUAAAGGAGUUUGUCCCUCAAAUAAAACAAUUUGAUAAUCUAAGGAUUUAUGCGAGCAUGUACUUAGUUCAUAUUAGUUAUUCACUGAGAAGAUCUUAAGUACUUAUAUAUGACUAAAGAACUUAAAAAUACCUUCCGACUAGUCUUUUUAGAUUAUAUCAGAACAAACUCGGCACAUAAUCUAUAUGGACUAGGAGACAUUGCAGUACAAGUUCAUAGAGGCUGAUCACGAACUGAUCAUGGUGCUUGUGAUUAGAUUUGAGGAUCCGUGCAGACCUGUUUUUAGUUCCAUAUCGAUUAUUCGCUGAGAAGAUGUUGAAUACUUAUACAAAACUAAAAAAACCAAAAACAUCUUUCAACUAGUCUUUUUAGUUUUAUAUCAGUUAAAGUUUGUUCAGAUUCCCCUAAUUCAAAGCCUGCAUAUGAGUCUUUGUUUUGACUGUUUUGUAAUGCAUUUAAGAAGACUUGUGUCUAAAGCAGUUUUUCUUUUUCUUUUUCUUUUUUUUUUGGUACAUUAAGGGGACCUAAGCGGUCCGAAAGGGCAAAGAAAAAGGGUAAAAGAAAUAACAAACAGGAUUACAUUCUAACAAACAAAAUGGAUUCCUGCUGCAUCUGCCUGGACAAGAGAUUCCUCUGUUAGUUAAUUUGUCCGCCGGUUGAUUAGCUUUCCUGAAUACAUCAGAGGCAAGAAAUAGCUCCAGAUUUGCAGCACAUUGAAUGAUAUCGUAAAGAAGGGGUUGUAUGGAAGCAGUAACCAUAGAGAAUCUAUGUUUAGAUUUUUGUGAUCCAUGUAGGGAACAGUAUGGGAGUCAUCUUCCAACCAUAUCUAGUUUUAGUUGCUGAGUAGCUGUCGAUAGACCCCUCCAAGCCUUUAGCAAAAAAAAAAAAAAAA